GUUGUCAUUUAUGAGGGGACUGUGACAGCAGAGAGUCCAGUUGACGAUGAGGACGAUAACUUCCUGCAGCGGCCGAGAGGAAGCCGUGAGCGUCAGAAGGACCGAGUCAGCCGACGCUCAGGGGAUCAACAGCCUCAUCAGCCCUGCAGCUGGAGCAGUGUUUGGAAGAGUCAACGUGAUCCAUCUUCUAGAGAAAGCCAAUUUGGCGGUGACUCUGGCCAAUGAGAGGGAGGGUAUCCUGGCUCACGCUUCCUUCUUCGAUCACCCUGUUGGAGACUUGGUGGAUCAGACUCGCUGGGAGCCCUUCCUGCAGAAAUACUUCAGCGCUGAAACAUGCACACCUUUGAACACACUCUUCCUCCACCUGUUCGUGGCUGAGCCGGAUUUUGCCACAGCAAGUGCAAAAGAAAUAAUGAGGGCUGUCUUUAACGCCGUCCCAGAGCUGGAGCACAUCUGCCUGCUCAGCCCGUAUGGUGGUGCUUUAGAGCCGGCGCUGGAGGAGGUGUUUGAUCCUCUGCAGCGUCAGACUAACCCCGAGCCUCAGUGCUCAGCAUUCAUCUGUCACAGAGAGGAGCUCUGUCCGAAGCUGCAGGUCCGCCCCGCCAGGGUUGAAGAUCAUGAUGAUCUGAUGCGUAUCUUUCUGGAGCAGACCAAACUCCUCUCUGUCAUGGAGCAGCCCUACUUCCUGGCAGAGCUCAUUCAGGGGCAGAACAAGGAUAAUCACUGCGCUGUUUGUGAGAGUGACGGAGUUCCAGUCGGCUUCAUCAGCGUCACGUCUGAUGUAGAUUUGAAGUGUCUGCACGACAGCUUUGAUUUGAGUGAGUUGGACGGUUUGUACAAACUGGAUCAAAUGAAAAGUGAUGAACCUGCUGCUCAGCCCGACUCCAGAGAUCAAGAAGAAGAAGAAGAACCGAGAAAAACCCAAACAAAACCCGAGGAGGAGACUGAAGCAGGACAUUUUUCAGCAAAAUCCAACGCCGUCUGUGUUCAGUUCUUCGUUAUUGACAAGAAUUACGAGACCAGAUCAGUGGACUUUAUUCCGUAUAUAUUCACAGUUUACCCCGACGUGGACUUCCUCAUCGUCACCGUCCCGACUUUGUCCCCUGAGUUCCUGCUGCUGCAGAGCUUCAUCCGGCUGCCCCCCUGCACCACCACCUCACCCCCCAGAGAGCUCUAUGUUUUCCCACGCUCUGCACUCAGGCCUGUGGAGGUGAGGCCGGCUGUAGCUGCAGACCGUCCUGCUGUCUCUGAGCUGGUGAACACUCUGAGUCUCGGGGAGUCUCUGCUGCAGGACCUGGACCACUUCUACCAGACCCGCGGAGACCAGGACGGCGUGCCGCUGCAGGCCUUCGUGGCCGCGGUGCAGGGUGAGGUGGUGGGGGUACUGAUCAUCAGAGACGAGCAGGACAUCCGGUACAUGUGUGCGCGCUACAACAUGGAGAACUUCAUCUACUUCAGCCACCACCGCCGGGAGGAGCACGCUCACAUCCUCCACUUCGUCCUGGCUCCUUCCUCCCAGCACUGCUCCAGACACUUGUUCAAAGAAGCCCUGCGGCUGGGCCACAAGUCCUGCCUCUUCCACAGACUCUACCCCCCCCACCUCAGCCCCCAGAAUUCCUGCGUCCACCAUCUGGAUUUUCUCCUGGACUGCGCGGUUCCUGUCCACCCGCGCCGCCAGAUCGUCUUCCCGCUGGAGGAGCUUGGCAUCAACGCUCCUUCCCGGCAGAUCAGCGAGGAGCAGGCUCCGUUUGCUCUCAGCCUCGUCAGCAGGAAGUUGACCUUGGAGCCGAAGGUCACCGUUAACGCCCGGAUCGUGGUGGUGGGGGCGUCGGACACGGGAUUAUCUUUCCUGGAGGUGCUGUGCUUCUGCCCUCACCUCCGGUUCAACAGCCUGACCUUGGUCUCCACUCACGGCCUCCUUGAUGACUACGACCACGAGGACGUUGGGUUUCUCUCCACAAGGCAUGCGUACAGCAGCAGAGAUUUGUCUCAGCUGCCUCUGCACUCCUGCAUCAGCGUGGUGAGCGGGAAGAUGGUGGGCAUCGACAGGAAGUCCAAACGUGUCCUGGUGUUUGGUGGAGUGACGGUGCCCUACGAUCACCUGGUCCUCUGUACCGGCCUGCAGUACCAGGCACCUCGUCUUACUGACGUGAAUCAGCCCAACUCAAACAUCCAGCUGCCCGUCCCCUCCAACCUCUUCACCCUCAACGACCUCCACGACUGCAUGGCUGCCCGCCGCUGGCUGAGCACCAACUUUGUAGAGCUGGAGGAUAACGCCAUCGUCUACGGCAACAGCCUCGACGUCUUCACCACCGUCGAGACUUUACUCAGCCUCGGCAUUCUGGGAAAUCGUAUCCAUGUCGUCCUCACGCCUCCCGAACCCAACGUCUCCUGCUUCAGCGACCCGGAGGUGGAGAAAGCUGUGGCAACGGCCCUGAAGAAGGCCAAAGUCCAGGUACACCAUCACUGCCUGCUGGCCCUCAACGGAGAACACCCCGACCCCCUCACCUCUGUGACUUUCAACACCGACGCAGAGCCCCUCCUUCUGCAGUGUGGGGUGUUCAUAAAUCUCUCCAAUAAAGCAGUGGACUCCGACGUCUUCAGGAGCAUCAACAGCUCUUUCCUGGUGUUCGACAGCAGACUGGUCAUCGACGCCACCUUCCACACCAGCGAUCCCUCCAUAUCUGCAGCCGGGCCGCUCACCAUAUUCUCCCGCAGCUGUUACACCGACGAGUGGUCGCACGCCAGCUUCGACUCCAAGGAGGUGGGCCGGGAUCUGGCCGCCAUGUUGCUGCGUCUCUUCGACCCAACGCUGGAGCCCGCGGGGGAAGCAACACCCGAAACACAUCGCCUCGUACCGCUCUACAAAGAGGCCAAGAUCCAAGGUGGGAAGCUUCCCGGAGGAUUUCACUUCCUGCAGGUCACUAAACCGUCCGCUACCAACCUGAGCGGCCCCCCCGCUAAACAGGUAAGUGGUGUUCGGUUGCAGGACGGCAGCUUGGUGACGGGGCGUGUGGAGACGGGGAACUACUUCUCCUUACACCUGGACUGCUACGAGCGGGUGGAGGCGCUCACCUGUCUCUCCCUGAAGCCCCUCCCCCUCUCCAACUACCUGAGUCUGUACGGGAAACAGCAGCAGCUGCUGGGUCGGCUGAGCAGCCGCUACCAGCAGGGCCUGAUCCCAGACCUGUACAGUUUCUUCAGACAGAGCUGGUGUUUGGCCGUCUAUCACGACAGAUUCUCCGACUUUGAGCAGGAGCUUCGGCAGAUCACCUCCAACGCAGUGAGUGCUUUUACUUGAUCACUAAUACCUCCUCUAACAUACGCUGAGGUCCGGGCGGCUGUGAGGAGCAGCGCCGUCAGAUAUCUGAGCUACAACAGGAACCUGCUGCCCAUGUUUGCCGGCCCCGGACAGCUGUGACGCCUCACCAGCUCCCCUCACAACACUAACUGUGUUUCCACGCAGUGUUUAAAGUCAUACGAGUGUUUCCUUACGGUCUUACAAACGUG